AUGUUUGCAAGUGACUGGAACUCAACUGAGGCAUUAAAUGGUUCCAUUGGAAACUCCUCUACGGAGGACACAGAGGAAGGGGAGCACCCUUUCCUGACAGACGCUUGGCUCGUGCCCCUUUUCUUCUCCCUCAUCAUGUUGGUGGGACUGAUCGGGAACUCUCUGGUCAUCUAUGUUAUCUCCAAACACAGACAGAUGAGGACUGCCACUAACUUUUACAUUGCUAACUUGGCUGCAACUGACAUCAUUUUCCUGCUGUGCUGUGUGCCGUUCACUGCUACAUUGUACCCUCUGCCCGGUUGGAUAUUUGGAGACUUUAUGUGCAAAUUUGUUGCUUUUCUCCAACAGGUGACUGUACAGGCGACAUGCAUUACUCUCACGGCGAUGAGUGGAGACCGUUGCUAUGUGACUGUGUACCCUCUGAAAUCCCUUCACCAUCGGACCCCUCGUGUUGCAAUGAUUGUCAGCAUUUGCAUCUGGAUCGGUUCCUUCAUUCUUUCCAUACCAAUCUUCCUGUACCAGCGACUUGAAGAUGGCUAUUGGUAUGGACCAAGAAAAUACUGCAUGGAGAGGUUCCCAUCAAAGAACCACGAGAAGGCUUUCAUCCUUUAUCAGUUCCUAGCUGUGUAUCUACUACCUGUCCUUACCAUCUCCUUUUGUUAUUCCUUCAUGUUGAAGAGAGUGGGACAGGCCUCUGUGGAACCAGUGGAUAACAACCAUCAGGUCCACUUGCUCUCAGAAAGAACUAUCUCCAUUAGGAGCAAGAUUUCCAAAAUGGUAGUGGUCAUUGUUGUACUUUUCACCAUCUGCUGGGGUCCCAUUCAGAUAUUUGUCCUCUUCCAGUCAUUCUAUCCCAACUUCAAGGCCAACUAUACAACAUAUAAGAUCAAGACAUGGGCUAACUGCAUGUCCUAUGCCAACUCCUCUAUCAACCCCAUUGUUUAUGGUUUUAUGGGAGCCAGCUUCCGCAAGUCUUUCAGGAAGACCUUCCCCUUCCUCUUCAGACACAAAGUGAGAGACAGCAGUGUCACCUCCCGCACAGCCAAUGCAGAAAUCAAGUUUGUUGCGACUGAGGAGAGCAAAACUGAAAGGAAAUGAAUGCAGAGGGCACAAAGUCUGCAAAGUUUUCUAUGCACCUCAACUCAUGCCCACUGUCUCAUCAUCAAAGCACAGGCUUCCCCUGCAUUGACGAGAUUACAGGAGUAAUAUUCACUGUUCACUGAAUUGUGAAAAAAAUUAUUCCUAAUAUGGUGCGACCAAGCAUUUAGAGGGGAAGUUGGCUCUUAUCUGCAGAAUACAAAAGUUUUCAUGAAUUAUUCUGGAUCUGAUUAUAGCUGGAGAGAAGUGGUAUUAUUUGAUAUGUACUGUAGGGCCUUUUGGUCCAAUUUGUAUUCGUGGUCCUGUGUGCUUGGAGAGCUUGCAUUUUAGGAGGGCAUUUUAAGUCUUUCUUAACAGGACAGUAGAAGCAGAUAGGAAAAUUGGAGAAAGGGGGUACAAAAUCAAUAUUUCACCCAGGCCGAAUUCAAACCUGGGUCCCUGUGAGCCAGCCAACAGCUCUUAAAAGUCAUAAGCAAGUGCACUACCUUCUGCACCACAGGUCCAAUGAGAGCCUGGAAUGCAAUCGUGGAUGGAAAGCCAAUUUAAAGCCAAUUUAAAAGGCCAUAAAUUGAACUGCGAGUAAUUCAGAUUAAAGGGGGAACCAAGUGGAUGUUCUGCCAGCAGCAAUGUGUGGGAGCUUGCCUGAAAGGAUGUUGACUAAAUCAGUCAUAGCAACUGUUGACUCAUCCAUUGUGUUAGACACAUACACGACACCUCCCUGUGCACACUUCCUCAAGAAACAACCACUCCAAGCUUCCUCUCAAGAGUUGUAUUUACAUUUUCUGAACAGUGCACCACAUGGCUCGACUUGCAGAGGUGUACUUAAAAGGUAUAGACUGUCUCAAAGCGCACUACUUCUUGAGACAUGAAUGCUGUUUGCAGCACAGAAAAAAUAUAUUAUGCUGCACCUGCAAUUGAUUCUCAUAGAAUAGUCAACAAGGAUUAGAAGACAUGUGUGGUAGUAUUGAAG